AUUUGUUCAUCCACUAGUUCGCAUACUAUUUGGUCUUUGCUCCGUCGUUACCAGGCACUGCCUAUUCAUCGCCACUCCUUGCUUCUCUCUCUCUCUCUCUCUCUCUCUCUGUGGGCGCAGACUCUAACCCUAGUAUCAUUCUUCACUUUCUUUCUGUUCUUUCUUUGAAAUCUCUAAAAACGCCUGUAAAGCGCCAUGAAAGUUGCAGAAAAUGAUCCUAUCAAUGUCUCAAACCAGCUUCUACAGUCUCUUUUGGACGAAGUCGUUCAAGUACAGACUUUUAAAGGUAAAUGGGCUCUUAUCAGAGGCAAGCUCGCCGAUCUCCAUACCCAACUCGCCGAUUUUACGGACUUCACGGCUUCCACCUGCAACCCACUAUGUGUUGACCUCCUUCACUCCAUUUCCCAGACUUUAAACGAUGCCAUAUUUUUGGCUAGAAAAUGUCAGACUCCUAAUUUGACAGAAGGUAAGCUCCGGACACAGAGCGAUGUCGAUUCCGUUUUAGCCAAGUUGGAUCGGCACGUGAAGGACAGUGACAUUUUGAUUAAAAGUGGGGUUCUUCAAGAACCUGUUGUUUCAGGGGGUUCUUCUUCGAAGAGGGAGGCGGUGCGGGCAGAGUCGAGGAACUUAAUUACCCGUUUGCAGAUUGGUAGCAACGAGUCGAAGAAUUCAGCCAUGGACUCCCUCCUCGGGUUGCUCCAACAGGAUGAUAAGAAUGUAAUGAUAGCUGUGGCACAAGGUGUGGUUCCCGUGCUGCUUCGCUUACUCGAUUCGAGCUCUCUGGAGAUGAAAGAGAAGACUGUGGCAGCAAUUUCGAGGAUUUCGAUGGUGGAUAGCAGCAAGCAUGUGUUAAUUGCGGAGGGUUUGUUGCUUUUGAAUCAUUUGGUCCGGAUUCUGGAGUCGGGAAGUGGUUUUGCGAAGGAAAAAGCAUGCGUAGCCCUUCAAGCUUUAAGCUUUUCUAAAGAAAACGCUAGAGCAAUUGGAUCUAGAGGAGGAAUUUCUUCGCUAUUGGAAAUUUGCCAGGCGGGCACGCCGGGUUCACAGGCUUUUGCGGCUGGCGUUUUGAGAAAUCUUGCUGUUUUCGAAGAAAUUAGGGAGAAUUUUAUAGAAGAGAAUGCGGUUUUCGUUCUUAUUGGGCUUGCAUCUUCCGGGACUGUGUUGGCCCAAGAGAAUUCAAUCGGUUGUUUAUGUAAUCUGGUGAAAGAAGAUGAGAAUUUGAAACUUUUGAUUGUGAAGGAAGGGGGCAUGGAGUGCUUGAGAAACUUCUGGGAUUCAGCUCCUCCUAUAAGAAGUCUCGAAGUUGCUGUUGAUUUAUUAAGGCACCUGGCUUCGAGUCAAGUUAUUGCAGAAGUUCUUGUUUCUGAUGGGUAUAUUAUCAGGCUUGUGGCAGUGUUAAAUUGUGGAGUUUUGGGUGUGAGAAUCUCAGCUGCAAUAGCUGUAUACGAGCUUGGUAUCAACACAAAAACAAGAAAGGAAAUGGGUGAAUGUGGACUAAUUACUCCAUUGAUUAAGAUGUUAGAUGGUAAAGGUGGGGAAGAGAAAGAAGCAGCAGCAAAGGCAUUGUCACAACUUCUGUUAUAUGCAGGAAACAGGAGGAUUUUCAGAAAAGAUGAAAGGGGGAUAGUGAGUUGUGUUCAGCUAUUAGAUCCAUUAAUACAGAAUUUGGAUAAGAAAUACCCUGUUUCAAUGUUGGCCUCGCUUGUGCAUUCUAAGAAGUGUAGAAAACUAAUGAUCGCAGCUGGUGGCUGUGUACACUUGAAGAAACUUGUUGAGAUGGAUGUAGAAGGGGCAAAAAAGCUUUUGGAUGGCCUCGGCCGGGGUAAGUUUUGGGGCGUCUUUGCGAGGCCAUAGCAACCAUAGAAUUCUUGAAUUGUUUUAUCCAAAAACAUGGAUUCAUAGAUGAUUGUUUCACCUGCAUGUAUAUUAUUUGUGUUGAAUUUUACUUGAUUUUUAUUCUCUCUUUUUUGUCCAUACAAAUCGUUAAGUUGCAGUAGGAGUAAACAUUGGUAGAUUAAUUGGCGUUGGAGAAACUCUUGUAGAGUUGAAACCUUGUUUUGUUGAGCUGACAAGAUUGGAGUCCUUGUUUAUUAUGGUAAACUCAAUAAUUGCUUGUACUGUUUUGUGUUUAAGACUUAAGACCACACUUGGGCUUUAUAUAUUAUUCAA